AUGUUAUUCGAAGUAAAUCGCAAACUCUUUUCCCGUUCUGACCGCGUCAAAGGCGUCGACUUUCACCCCACCGAACCUUGGGUGCUCACCGGCCUCUACAACGGUCAAGUUCACAUCCACCACACGGAAACAGGAGCCCUCCUCAAAACGUUCGAAGUUGCCGACGUCCCUGUGCGUUGUAUCAAAUUCAUUGCUCGAAAGAACUGGUUUGUGGCUGGGAGUGAUGAUUUUCAGUUGAGGGUGUUUAACUACAACACACAUGAGAAAGUCGCGAGCUUUGAGGCUCAUCCGGAUUAUAUACGGUGUUUGGCGGUGCAUCCAGAGAGGAGCUUGGUGCUGACUGGGAGUGAUGAUAUGACGAUCAAAGUCUGGGAUUGGGAGAAGGGGUGGAAGAAUGUACAGAUGUAUCAAGGACAUACUCACUACAUCAUGAAUAUCUCGUUCAACCCAAAAGAUACCAACACGUUUGCCUCUGCCUGCCUUGACCGAACAGUCAAAAUCUGGUCCAUCUCUGCACUCUCUUCCUCCACCUCUUCCCCACAAGCAAAUUUCACACUCGAAGCGCACGAGAAAGGUGUCAACUAUGUGGACUUCUACCCUGGAAAUGACAAACCCUACCUCGUUACCUGUGGAGACGACAAAACAGUCAAAGUCUGGGACUAUUUGUCCAAAAGCUGUGUCCAAACUAUGGAGGGACACACGAACAACGUAUCGUUUGCCGUUUUUCAUCCGAGUUUGCCAGUCAUUAUCAGUGGUUCGGAGGACGGGACAGUGAAGAUCUGGAAUUCGAAUACGUAUAGGAUCGAGAAUACGCUGAGCUAUGCCCUGGAACGUGCAUGGUGUGUUACGCUGCAUAGAACGGCAAAUGAGGUUGCCGUGGGGUAUGAUGAGGGGGUCGUCGUGAUCAAGCUAGGGAAAGACGAGCCGACGUUCUCUGUAGACUCUUCCGGCAAGAUGAUAUAUACCAAAUCAUCUGCGGUGCUUUCCGCCAACCUUACUCUCGUUGAGGGUGCUUCGUCUCUCAGCGAUGGUCAGCGCGUUCAACUGUCGUCGUCAAAGGAAAUCGGGUCGUCGGAGGUGUUCCCGACAGCAAUCUUACAUUCACCUAAUGGGAGAUGGGUAACGGUCGUUGGUGAUGGAGAGUGGAUUACCUACACUGCUCUGGCUUGGAGGAAUAAAUCCUUCGGGAACGGAUUUUCGUUCGCAUGGGGGCCGGAUUCAAAUACAUAUGCGGUACUGGAGAGCAAGGUUAAUUUGAAGCUGUUCAAGAAUUUCAAAGAGAAACCGGGUGUAAUCAAAGGCACAGGAAGUUGGGGUAUGGACGCACUAUAUGGUGGCCCUCUUCUUGGUGCACGCGGGAAUGGAUUUGUGAUAUUCUGGGACUGGGAAACGGGAGAAAUUGUCAGGAGGGUGGAUGUCGACGCGAAGAAUAUCUACUGGUCAACAAACAAUACCCUUGUUGCUAUCGCCUCAGAUGACUCGUUCUACAUCCUUCGGUUCGACCGUGACGCUUACGAGGCGAAGCUGGCGGAAGGGGCUUUAGAGAAUUCCGAUGAAGGCGCGGAGGAAGCGUUUGAGGUGGUUGCAGAUGUCCAAGAAAGUGUGAAAACGGCAAAAUGGAUCGGCGACUGUUUUAUUUACACCACAUCGAGCAACAGGCUAAUGUAUUUCGUGGGCAAUGAAAGUUAUAGCAUCAGUCCUUUGGAUACCCCAUUAUACCUUCUCUCCUACCUUCCUGCCCACAACCGCGUAUACCUAUCCGACAAGGAUCUUAAUGUCUACACGUAUCAUCUUUCACUCGCAGUGGUCGAGUAUCAGAUCGCAGUAAUCAAGGGAGAGAUGGAGGAGGCGGCAGGGAUCUUCAAGGAUGCAGUCGAGAAAGGUCUCAUCGGAAGAGAAGGCCGAGGAAGAUUGGCCAGGUUCUUGGAAAGUCGGGAUCUCAAAGAAUUAGCGUUGGAGAUCGCUACUGAUCCAGAUCAUAAAUUCGAAUUGGCCUUGGGGUUAGAUGAUCUGGAUACGGCACUGGAAAUUGUGAAGGCAGAAUCAGAGAUCGCUCCUACUGCUACGCCUCCUUCCGAAGUCGAUAUCGAAGCAGAGGCAAAGGAAGUGUCGAAACCCACGCCUGCACCGACGAAACCUACGGAAAUCAACCCCGAAUCAAUAACGAAAUGGAAGGCGUUGGGAGAUCGUGCGUUGGCUGCGUGGAGAUUUGACUUGGCUAAGGAGUGUUUUGAGAAUGCGGGUGAUCUUGGGGCGUUAAUGUUGUUGUUGAUGAGUAUGGGUGGAGAGGGUGAAGAUGAACUCCUAAAACUUGCCGAACGGGCGGAGAACGAGGGACAGAACAACCUGGCGUGGGUUAUCUGGUGGAGCACUGGCGCACGGGACAGGUGUGUUGAGCUGUUGAUGAAGACGGAUAGGGUAAGUGAGGCAGCGAUGUUUGCGAGGACUUAUGCUCCUAGCCUCGUAUCCAAAACUGUACUCGCCUGGCAAGCCGAACUGAAUGCUAAAAGUCGACCCAAAAUUGCAGAAACGAUAGCGAACCCGGAUGUCAAUCCGGACUUGUUCGAGGAGGGAUGGGACAGUGUCCUCGAGAAGGAGAAGGAGAUUCAAGAGAAGGAGAAAGACUCUGGUGUGGAGUCUACCGUUGUCACACCACAAACGGAAUCGCCGGUUUUGGUUGACGUCGGUGCAUAG